CGUAAAAGGGGGCGGGACGCUCCGCGCUCGGGAGGGACGUAGCGGUGGGGAGCUUCACUCUGAUCUGCGACUUGUGGGGUGAAGGGGAUAUGGAUCGCUACGCGGGGGCCUUCGAGGAGGCGGUGGAUGGGACUCGGCAGCAGGAGCGGCACUAUCAGCUCCUCUCUGCGCUGCAGAGCCUGGUCAAGGAGCUGCCCAGCUCUUUCCAACAGCGCCUGUCCUACACCACGCUCAGCGACCUGGCCUUGGCGCUCCUCGACGGCACCGUGUUCGAGAUCGUUCAGGGGCUGCUGGAGAUCCAGCACCUCACCGAGAAGAGCCUAUACAACCAGCGCCUGCGGCUGCAGAACGAGCACCGAGGCAAUGGAGCACCGGAUCCGGGAGGAGCAGCGGGCAAUGGACCAGAAGAUCAUCCUGGAGCUAGACCGGAAGGUGGCGGACCAGCAGAGCACCCUGGAGAAGGCAGGGGUCGCUGGCUUCUAUGUGACCACCAACCCACAGGAGCUGACCCUACAGAUGAACCUGCUGGAACUCAUCCGGAAGCUGCAGCAAAGGGGCUGCCAGGCGGGGAAGGCAGCCCUGUGACCAGCACCAACACACAGUUAAGAGAUGUGGCUCGCAUUCCUAUUAGUGCUGCCCAGAUAUUGGUGGGGCCCUCCGGGAGCGGGGGGAGGGCUGUAUCUGGGGCAGUGGGUGCUGUGAUGUGUCUCAGACAGUGGUGGGGCCCCCCUGUGGCGAGAGACUGCAUCUGGGCAGGGGCUGCUGUGGUGUGUCUCAGCAGGAAGAUGCAGAAGAAAGGGAGCUGUGCAGGGGGCAAGCUCCACACCGAGAAGCCUCCUAGUUCUCCACCCGGCCAGCCUCCCAGUAGCUGAGCCUGUGGCCCCAGCUAUAAAGGUUGGCACUGCCUCGGGCCACAGCCUUCGUAAUGGAAGCCUGCGGAGUGGCACCAUCCACCCGUCGGCCUCAUGGGCACACCGCUGCCCAGAACAGGACCCUGGCACCCAAGGGAUCAAACCUCGAUCAAGGCUCCUUCACAGAAUACCAUUUUUAAUCCUAAGGGAAAGCCAUGUUCUAAAAUUUUUGGCUCCAUCAUGUUCAUUUUAACAGUUGAAGCCAGAACUCAUCCUUGUGCACGCAAGCGGGCCCCCCUACACCCAGCGACAAGACUGGGGCGGCCAAGGUGGGAAAUGAGGACCUGAGAAGUCCCCAGGGAUGAAGGGAAGAAGACAGCCGGGACUCUGCCCUGCCCCCACCGGAAACCGCCAGACCCCCAACCCUGGCAGCGGCGCUCAGGUUCCCGAGCGCGGUGGCUGCCACUGCCGUGCGUUAGAAAUGGCGGUUUGCAGCUGCAACUUCAGACUGAAAAAACAGCACCACCGUGAGCAAAGCAUGGACGGCGACGUUACUGGGUGGGUUUAGAACAAGCAGCCAGCUCUCCAGGCUGCACCCUCACCCCACCUGCACCUUCACCGCUCCUUUGGGAGGCCCCACUCAGCAGCAAGUCCUGGGCUUGGGGUGCUCCCACGGGGGAACAGGGGUCCCUGCUUUACUCUGGGGAAGCCCCCGGAAGGCAGAGGCUGGAGAGAAGCAAGGGAACUAGAAGCCCUGGUGAAGGCUGCUUAGGUUAGGACAUGACAUAGAAGAACAGGGAAUAUAUAAGGAUUUGCUUCGCCGUAUUCGUGUACUUGACUUGUGAGGGUUCUGCCAGUUUUGCUCCAUGGCAGUGAGCGGGGCAGGAGGGGGUUGUUCAUAAAGAGACCAAGCAUCAGAGGCUGAGGCACCCCAGCAUUUCACACUGUCUGCAUUUUAAUGAGCUAUUUCAGUCACUUAAUAAACUUACUUGAAUUUGAAACUUCA